ACAACAAAGAUCAAUAUCGGUCAGUCAAGAGAUUACAAUUGUUUCUUAUCCGAAUGAGGUUGCAAAAUACCCAAUGACGCCACACCUCAUUGCUUCUACGUUACACUCACCUGAGAGGUAUGUGAAUAUGGCUUACCUCCCUUGCAUAUUCUCCGGUUAAAAUUCAAUUAAGGUGUACUUCAACCGGCGUUUUCAGACACAGGUUGUUGAAGUAAUGUAAUUCAAGUGAACGAGAAAGGCUUUGAUACAUGAAAUUUUGUUGGAGAGACAUAGUUAGCCUGUAGAAUGGCACUCAGUAAAUCAGUUUGUAAACUGUGUCUUUUCAUAUUCAAUGCAGUUUUUAUCGUGGCAGGUGUAGCUAUAUUUGCUGUAGGUGUAUGGACAGCAGCAGAUAAAGUUUAUAUAUCAGAUAUAGUUGGUAAUAAUUCAUUUGAAGCAGCAGCUUAUUUGGUUAUUAUAGCUGGUAUUAUUAUAAUAGGAGUUUGUAUUCUAGGAUUUAUAUCAUUAGCUAAAGAAAGGAAGAUAUUAGUAAUAGUGUAUUUUGCAUUCUGGAUUUUAAUUUUUAUAUUUUUGAUGGUUGGUGGUAUCUUAGCUGUUGUGUUCCGAGCAGAACUUGAAUCUGGAAUGAAAGAUGCCAUGAAAAGAACUUUAACAGAUUUAUAUGGACAUACUUCUACUGCUGAGCAAAGAGAUGCUACAACAGCUUGGAAUAGAGUGCAACAUGAUUUACGAUGUUGUGCUGUAGACAAUGAUGAUUGGGGUACAUAUAAAUUUACGCAGUGGUAUUUAAGUCAAGAUGACAGAAUUCGUCAAAAACCAUUUGUUCCUUCCUCAUGUUGUGUAUAUGAUGAACGAUCAGGUUCUAUAAAUGAUCAAGAUAAAUGUCAGUACUGGCAGUUAGGACCACCAGGAAAUUCAUUUACUCAGUUUAAAAAUACAGCAUUGUAUUACCAGGGUUGUUAUGUGGCAGCUAAAAAUUUUAUAAUGGAUUCAUCUGAAGCAAUAGUGGCAGUGGGAUUUGCUUUUGGUUUAACUUUGAUUUUUGGAAUGGUGUUCACUGUAUUUUUCUUAAGACAUAUUGGAAAUAUUGAUGAUGAAGAAAUUCGAAGAAGACAAAGAUCAAAAACACCAAAUGAUGGUUUGUAAAAUAACUUUCAAUGUGAGAAUGAAUGACAUUGUUAUGAUAUGGAUACAGUAUGAUUUUAUCAUCUUUUCAUUUGUUCUAAUUUUAAUAUUAAUAUGUGCACAGCAAUUUAAUGUGUUCAGUUAUUUUAAGAUAUUCAGCAAAGUAUGGAAUUGCUGAUACUUUUAUAAAAAAGAAAGGCAUUUAAUUGUAAAUAUCAUUUUUGUAGUCAAUGUAUGUAUUUACUUAUUAGUUAAUGGAAAUUUAGAUAUGAUCACGUCACGGAAAACAGAUUUUUCAUAACAAUAAUAUGAUAUUCCUUUUAUUAAAAAUACCUGUCAUAUCAUAUGGAAAACAGAUUAUUCAAACCAAGAAAUUGAAAUUCCUAUUAAAAAUCAUUAUUAGCAAGUAUUAUUAAAAAUCAUUAUUAAAAAUACCUAUUAAAAAUCAUUGUUAAAUCAAGAAAAAAUGCUUUUUAUGAUUUAUAGCUUUAAAACAAUUAAUUGAUUCACAGAAACCUUAACCAUGCUAACUUAAUUGUCUAUGUGCAGCAAGGAAUUUAUAGGGAAGUUUGUUAUCUUUAUUAUUAUACAUGUAAUGUCUUUUAUUUUAGUCUAACAUCAUGUAACCAACAUAUUUUAAAUGGUGGAAUGUAUGGAAGCUUGUACAUGUAACUGUGCUUCAUGUGUUGUGUACAUGUAAAUAUGUUUUGUAAAUCUGUAAUACUUUUUAACAAACUAAUUAUAAUAUAGAUCUUAAAAAAAAGUUCCUUUUAUUUACAUUACGGUACAUACAUUUCAAGUUAAAAAUUCCAUACAUGUAGUUUAAACCAUUAACUAAAAUUAUCCAUAUAGUUUGAUGAAUACUAAAUCUCUGUUAUUCAAUUGACAAAGAGUGCUUCAAUACCUACACGUAUAUUGGCAAUUGAGUGUAUUUCUUACAUAUUGAUCAGUAGCCGUACAACUGUGUUAUCAAACAUCAGAAGAAAUUUAAGAAUUGCAUUAUUUAAAAAGAAGUGAUUGGGUGGCUAGGAGCAGGUAUAUUUACUGAUUCAAAGAGUGAACAGAUUUAUUCAUGAAUGAAACUGUAUCUCAGCUUUAAGCUGGGCAAAAUAAACCUAAAAUGCACAAUUUAAACCACUGCAGAAAUAAAGAGACACCAUAAAUACCUAAUUACUCAGGGAAGAUCAAUUCCUUCUUGAAAUCUUAAAUCCUAGCUUUUAUAAUUAUUAGUUUAGUGAGAGAUAUACAGUAGUAAAAUCUAUAUUAUGGUUUCAAUUUUUGUUUGAAUUAUUACAAUCUGAUUAAAAUACAGAUCUAUAUUUCAUUUCGGUUUUUUUAUACUUUUGAUGGCCUACACUUCAUGAAGAUCUGACCAGUUGUACUUGAAGGUCAUGUCAGGGGUUGUACAAGCGGCUUUAGACCCUAUGACCUCCGACAUUGAUUAAUCCAUCAGCGUUGACAUUUCUAGUGGUUUACCCACAGUUCCGUGCAUCGCACACCAAGAAGUCGCCCUAACAAAUGGUUUCAUUGGCUAAUCCCUCACGCCAUCCAGAACACAGGUUAUAUAACAACUCUUUCAGACCCUAGUGACUAGUACAGACAAAUAAAACAAAAUUUUGAACUAUAAAAAACAAAACGAAAUAGGAUCUGUGUUUAAUCGGAUUGGAUUUAUUAUAUAUUAUUUUUGAGUUUUUCAAACAUUGUUUUGGGUUUGCUCUACUGAUUGUCCAAUACACUGUCUGAAAUGAACAUAUAUAUACAACCUCAGAAGAAAAAUUUUGACCAUUUUAAUACUAAAGUGGUAGUUUUGUAUGCACAUGUUUGAAAAUCUCAAUCUUUUUUAUUUUAUUUUGGUACUUUUGGCUAAUUUUCUCCUGACUAUUUAUUAUGCUUUGGUUACUAAGUGUUCCAAGCAAUGAUGAUUUUUUUUUAUCUGGAAAUUAAACACUAUUAUAUUCCAUAAGUCUAACCCUUGGUGUUUUUUAUUCCAUUUUGGUUGAGCAAUGGUUUCCAUGUGUUUAUUUAUAGUGUAGCAUAAUUAGUAGAUGAGGUGAACUUAGAUUAGAAAUUAUAUAAAUUGUGUACCACAUAAUGUAUAUUAAAUAACUUGUAAUAAAAAUACAGAUUUUAUAAGACUAACAAAAUAAGUGCCUUGUGCAUUGAUUGUCAUUGCUUUGGAGUUUUUAUAGUCCUACUCAAUUGAUUUGACUUUAUAAAGGCUAAAUGCGUGAAACACUUUUUGACUUAAGCACUCUGAGCAAUUUCUUAUUUCUGUGUUCUUCAACAGGUAUAAAUGGGCAAAUUUAUAGGAUGUUAUGAGAUGCAUGUCACGUUUUUACUAGUUACAUUUUUCUUAAUCAGAUAUACAUGUACAAAAAAUAAGUUAAAUUUCUUGAUCCUUAUGAUUGUUUCUUAUUGAAUAAAAUAUUUUAUUUUAAUAUCAUUCUCCUAGCCAUGUGUGUCUGGCCAUCUAUUUUUUUAAAAUUUCAGUAAAUAAUGAAAGGCUUUUUGUAAAUUUAGUCAACAUGUAAAAAAUGAUAUAUAAAUAUUUUUUAAUUGUCGCAUUUAUACAUCUUUUUUCUUUACUUAGUGCUUUUUGAAAACUACAGUGCUUUAUGAAAGUCCUCUUCUCUAGUCGAGCCUUCACUAUGAUUAUUAUUAUUAUAUAUAUAUUAUAUUAUGAUUUAAUUACUGUCUGCACUGCUUGUCUAAGGAUUUUGACAAUAAGAUGUGAAACCCAGCGACACCAAUUUAAUACUUCCCUAGCUAGCUUCCUACAUUUAUAUACAUAUAGGCUUAUAUAUAAACUAAUAUUUACUAAUAAAAUAAAUAUAAUUUAUUGGUAUAAGACCAAAAAGCCCAAUACAGAGGUUUUAAAAUAAGAGGUGACUUGACAUUUCCUAUUUUCUCUUGCCACUGGUAAUGUUUUUUUACUCAGUGUGAGAAAGAUAUUUUUUACUAAGUGAAGCUGUAAACAGAUUCUGCUAGCUAAUUAGUUUAAAACCACGAAGAAGAAUCAAGCUUGUCAUCCGAUAUUUGCUCACAAUAUAUAAAUUAUACAUUUUAAUACUUUUUUUACACACUUUUUGUAAAUUUAUUAUGUACCUUAAUUAGUGCCUUAACAGGUGCGGGACGAUUUACCCAUUACCACCCAUUACUAACUAAAUACUACUUGAAGGAGCUAAAUCGCUAAUAUUUGGAACCUAGAAAUUGACACAAAUGGGUCGCAACGCAUUUAAUAAUAAAUAUGAAUGUAUCUAAACUUAUUUACAUUCAAUCGUUUCCGUUUUAAUCGAAUAACAAUCUCUAGUGUCUGGUUAUUCCAGUCUACACCGAUAGUAUUUAUAGCACAUGCACUCCAGAUAAAAAUAUGGCAUCACCGUUUGGGGUGACUUGUGGAAUAUGUCUAGCCUUCGAGUUCCUUGUUACAAAUAGCCCUGAAAUGCAUUACGAUAGACGAUUCGUGUACCAAUGGUAAAAUAUUUAUUUUGUCUUAAAUGUUGGGUAUCAGAAGCCCAUCUUUUCCCAGUAAGAUCACGACAUUAAUGUUGAUUUAAAUUGACAUGUAAUUCAUGUUUUCAAUGUCGAAGACUUUGGAUGGUAUUGAGUUAGAGACUUGGCUACUUUAAUACCACCACAUACUACUUCAAUAUUGUGAAAAACUAAGAUAAUACUUCAAUUAUAUAAAGAAAAAUUGAGUUAAUUCAUGGAAAACUUGCAAAAAUGUACCACUCUUAAUCACCAAAUACUAACAAUAACCCAUGCAUAAAAUCAGAAAUCACUCCAUUUCUGUAAAAUAAUGGGUCAGUAUUUCCUAAAAAUGAGAUAAAAGUACAAUUAUUUGAAUAAUAACACGUUUGUUUGUGGUACCAUAAAUAGAUAUUUCAAAUGUUGGCACUUACUAUAGGAAUUACCUCAUUGAUAUUGAAGUAAUUACAGAAUUUUGUCAGUUUGGGAUAUUAAUAAGGUAGUAUGUGGCUGAAUUAUGUCGGAUUGGGUUAGAAUUGGAAGUUAUUUGGUCAUAUUUGGCUAGAUCUUUAGACGCUUUAUCUUAAAAAGUUUUCUAAUUCCGCGAAUUAAUUCUCUCUUUUUUUGUAUAUAAUUAUAAUUGAAGUAUUAUGUUAGUUUUUCACAAUAAUAAGGUAGUAUGUGGUGGUAUGUAGUAGUAUUUAAUUAGUAUUGAGUAAAUCGCUCUGCCGCCUUAACAGCACAAACAUUUUGCAUACAUCAUAGUUUGUCAUACUCUGUGUUUUAUACUCUGAAUGAAAAAAAAAAGAGGAAUCAAAAGAAUCUUAAAGAUGCAUUAUGUAAGAUUAAGAUAUAGAGCUGGCAUAAUGGAUCUUUAAGUGAUUGUUUACUCCUUACUACAGUCUGUUUUUGUUGUGUAGAACUAAUUUUAUUCAUUUUUGUGAACAACAGAAACAUUUACUUUCUGGAUGGCAGCCAGUUUCUUUUGUCAUUUUGUUAAUCAUAGUAUCAUUUUAGCACUUCAAAUGCAUUCCAUGUAUCAUGAUAUACUGUAAAUUAUAAGAUAGUUUUAAACUUGCACUUAACUUCAUACACUUUGUCAUUUACAGGGUUACAUUAAACCCUAACAUAUUAUAUCAUUUUGAAAUAAAAAGUUUUUAUGUUACAAUUUGUUCCAAUAUUCUACUAUAUCCGAAAAAUAUAAAUAACUUGAAUGAAAACUGUUCUGUUUGAUUAUUAAUGCUUGCAACUGAAAAUUUUGAUUGUUGUAAUUCUAAAAGAAAUGUUAUUCUGAGAAGAACAAGAAUUGACCAAGUAAAAUUUAGCCAAAAGUUUCAAGUGAUGACAAUGGGUAUUUUCUAAUUGGACUAUGUGCACUUAUUUGAUUAAAAAUGGAACAGUAAAAAAUAUUUUGUGUGGCUAGAUGUUAAGAUUGAAUAUUAUAUAUUCCUAUUUCAUUUAAUGUAAGAAUAAUUAUAGUAAACUUUGGCCAAAUGUUUUUUAAUAUAAGAGAUAAGAGUGGCUAUUAAGACCUGGUUAUCGCAGGCGUCGGUGACUAUUUUCGGUCGUAUUGAACUCUUCAGACUGAUUGGACUCGUGUGUGUGUGUGUGAAAUAGCUUUAUUUAACGUCCGCUUCCACAGAAGUGAUAUCGCAGACAGUGGACUCAUAUAACAGAUUUUUUUAUUUAUACUAUUCUGAAACCCAGGUGGGGUUUCCAUGGUUACUGAUUGUCAGGAUUACCGGCAAUGGCCUCCAAGCAAGGUUUGCGAAUUUGUUACCAGGGUCAGUAGCUCACUUACCGGGGUUGUACAAGGGUUUGACAACUGAUCGUUUUAGAUUGAAGUGCUAGUGUCCAUAAUUUUGCUAACUAAGAUGCCUUUUGUUAGAUUGUAACAUUGUUACUUGUCAUAAAAAUAAAGGGAUAUUAUAUAGACAAGGAUGUUGAGAUAACUUCUGUAAGAGGGUUAUAAGGCUAAAUAUAAAUCCAAAGUUGGAACACUCAGGGGCAGAGAAUUGUAUAGCAAAAAUAAAAAUGGUUGCGGUGCCCAAGGUUAGAUUUAUUUUUGAUUCAAUAAAGUAGUUAGUUUUUUAAACGUUAAAUACUGUGUAAUUCAACAUGGCACCUGAGGGGGUUUAAUAUAUUUAGGUACCUUGGGCACCCCGACAAUUUUUAUCCUGCGCCGAACGAAGUUAGCCGGGGGAUAUUGAAAUGGGGUCCGUCCAGAGCAUAUCUCAUAAACCGUUUAAGAUAUCUUUCUGAAACUUUGUACACACAUCAACCUAUUACAGUAUAGUUGUACCUUUUGCUGUUUAGGAAUUUCUGGGAUUUAUAUUUUUUGUGUUCCCAUGGAAACAAAUUUGAAUUAGUUUUUGGUGUAUAAUUAUGUUUCCGGAGCAUAUCUCAUAAACCAUGUAAGAUAUUUUUUUGAAACUUCAUACACACAUCAACUCAUUAGAGUAGUUGUGCCUUUCGCUAUUUAGGAAUUUCUGGGUUUUAUAUUUUUUUAAGUUUGAAAUGUGCAAACCUUACAGGGAGUAGCGACCAUGCCUUUCCGAGCUACUGUGAUCUGACUAGCCCCAUUGAUAUUCCAAAAAAGUUAUUUUCCUUAUGCUCCAAACAAGUGCGCGGGAUGGGGAUGACUAGUUAUCUUGUUAGUUUUGUUAUAACAAUCUUUUUUUUUUAAGUUUGAUUAGUUUCAUGUGAUAACAGUGGGUGUUCUCUAAUUGGAGUAUGUGCUUUGUGCACUUAUUCGGCCACAAAAGUUAGAAAACAUUAUUUUGUGUAGCUAGAUGUUGAGAUUGAAUAGUAUAUUAUUCCUAUUUCAUUUAAUAUAAUAAUAGUAAACUUUGGUCACCUGUUUUUAACAGUUUCAAGUGAUAACAAUUGAUGUGCUCUAAUUGGAGUAUAUGCAAUGUGCACUUAAUUGGUUGAAAAUGGUAUAAAAACCAUUAUUGUUUGGAAAUAGAUGUUGAGAUAUUUCAUUUAAUGUAGGAAUUAUCAUUAAUUUAACUGUCUUAUAAUUUUAUCCUAAUACAAUUUCUAUGAGAGUAUCUCUAGUUAUAAUUACCUCAAUUAUUAUGUAAUUUAAUUGUUCAUUCAUUCAUGUUUUUUGUAUGUAUUAAAUUCUAUCUAAAGGACCCAUAUUAAAUUAAUUUUUUUAUCAUACUUGACUUAGUAUUUUGUAAGGUUCAAAAUGGAAACAUAGAAUAUAAAAUUAUUGGACAUGAUUAAACAAAUAUAUAUUUCAUUUUGAAGAACCUUUAUUAAUUUAAUUUUCCCAAUUCAUAUUGAGAGAACUAUUUAUAAAAUCAUCUUGAUAAAUUUAAAAUGGCUAAACGUCUUUGAUUGGGGUAAAAAAGUAAAAUUGUUGAUUUCAUUGGAAUAUGUUGAUUUAAGUUUUGUGGGAUGGCAAUCUGUUUUUAUUGAAAAUUUGAAAUUUUUGUUCGGAUAUGUCUGACUUUGUGUUUGCCUCUAAAAUGAAACACCCCGAUAAAGAGAGGGUUCCCAUUCACUGAUUGAGAUAACACAUCAGAUCCACACAAUUUUUUAUUUGAGUGUUACCUAAAUCAAACAGACUUAAUUAGCUCCCUUAAGAAAAAUGUUUUGUACAUCAAUAAAAAUAUGUUUGCUUAGUUUUAUAUUUUUGUUUCUAUGUACUGACUCUUCAACUUUAUUUGGUAAAUCAUUCCAUGUUUUCUACCUGCAAUUGGAUAUAAAUCACUUGCAGAUUUUUUUGUAAUAUAAAGAAAUAAAAUUGUACAAAAUUG